CCCAGAAACGCAGCUUUUCGCUUUGGACGGCUAUGUUUUGCCUGAUUUUCAUCGCAGUUUUAAAGAUUUGCUCAAGUCAUGAGGAACGUAUAUUGGGGGAUGUGAAUAUAGGAGCAUUAAUGUCUCUUCAUCAACGAAAAGGAGUUGAUCAAUGUGGACAAUUCGAUGUUCCUGCCCUUGGACUCGCCGAAGCGAUGAAAUUUGCUGUUCAAAGAAUAAACGAAGACGAUUCAAUUUUGCCAGGGCUUAAACUUGGCUAUGUUAUCAUGGACUGUUGUCAAAGCCCAGUGCUUGGUGUUAAAAACGUCUACAAGUUAGCUCUUCAUAAUAGGCAAGCGUCGCUCUCAAAUAGAUCUCACCCCGUGGUCGCGGUAAUAGGAGGUCUUGUCUCCGAGACAGCAUUAUCAGUGUCUACUAUUCUCCAAGCCGUCGGUCUGCCUAUCAUUGGAUCUUUGGCCACCUCGGAACAGCUCAGUUCCAAGUUCCAUCGUACGUUCUUACGUACUAUACCAGCUGAUGGAAACCAAGCCAAGGCAAUAUCUGAUAUCAUUGAGCAUUUCGGGUGGCGGUACGUUGCUGCCAUCGCCGAGGACGACUCGUACGGAAGGAGUGGUGUACUUGCUUUACAGCGUGAAUCGCGUAAAAGACAGUCCUUUGUUGUUGGGAUAAGUGAGUUUGUUCUUCAAAGCCAAUAUGAUCGAAUUCCUUCAAUUGUGUACAAACUGAAAGAACGAGCAACUGUGAGAGUUAUCAUAUUGUGGAUGCUUCACGCUACAGGCAAAGCCGUCCUUCAAGAAGCACUAAGACAGAACGUCGUGGAACGAACAUGGAUCAUGAGCGAAUCAAUCUCAAUGCAAAGUGCCGAACAUCUCGGAGCCAACAUCAUUUCUAGAGGGAAUUAUAUCGGUGUUCUUCCUCGUCGACGCGUUUAUGAGCCAUUUCGAAAACAUAUCCUUCGUUUUACGCCCAAGACAUCCAUUGGAAAUCCUUGGUGGGAAGAGCUUUGGAAAGAAGAGUUUGGAUGUCAGCCUAAAGAUUGUGCACGUGAUGUUCGAGUCAAGGGAGAUUUCUUGAUGAAACUAUGCAAUGAUUAUAUCCCAUUUGUUGUUGACGCUGUUUAUGCUUUAGCGCAUGCUCUAGACGCUAUUGAGAAAUGUAAAUACCCACAAGGAUUACUGAAAGGUGGACGAUGCCCUUCGGGUCCGAUCUCCCGAGUCAAUUCCGAUGAUUUGUAUGUAUAUCUUCGUAAAACGCGUUUCAAAGGACUGACGGGAAUGAUUGAAUUUGAUGAAAAUGGCGACCCUACGGAUGCGCUCUUUGAUAUCGUUUAUUUCAACGUUAACGAGACGCAUGGCAACUUCACUAAAGUACCUUUGAAAACAAACAUUGGAUCAUGGGGGAAAAAAGCCAAUAGGUCUCUAACAUUGAACUCGGAUUUGAUUACCUGGAAUGGACGCAAGGACCCAGGACCAUCGGAAUGUCGAGAGGAAUGUCGUCCCGGCAAACGUAAGGCCAUAACAACGGCCUUUUGUUGGGAAUGCAUUGGUUGCGCUGAGGGAUGGAUCACAAAGGAAUCAGGACAAAUGAACUGUAGUAAAUGCCCUUGGACCCAGUAUUCUAACAGCGAGCGCACAGCAUGCGUCGACCUACCAUUAAUCAACGUGAAAUGGCGUGAUGUCAGUUCAAUGCUGUUGAUAAUUUUCAGUUUAUUAGGUGUGUUUUUGUGUUUGGUAGUCCUAGUAGUUCUGAUAAAGUACAAGUCCACCCCACUAGUAAAAGCAAGCAGCCCUGAGAUGUGCUUUCUUCUUCUUCUUGCCACAGCAUCUUGCUUCAUGUUGUCAUUCCUUUACAUCGCUGAACCCACAGACGUUAUCUGCGCGACACUCCAGCCUCUUCGUUAUAUCAUCUUCACCGUCAGUUGUUCCAUCCUUGGGCUCAAGACAGUGCGUAUUGUCCAUGCAUUCCAGAUGAAUACCGAAAAGAAUUUCAUUAAAAAACUUGUGAAAACUGCUUCUCGACAGCUGUUUUCGCUCGGCGUGCUGUUCGCCAUUGAUAUUGUACUGGCUUUCUGCUGGGUUGCCAUCGAUCCCCCCAACCUCCAUAUUUCUGUGACCCAAGAUGGCUACAUCUUCUUGUCCUGUGAAGAUUUCAAGCGGAAAAGUGGCAAAGUAAUGAUGAUGUGUAUGCUCUGUUACAUGAUAGUAAUCGCGCUUUGGUCAACCUUCUAUUCCUUCAGGGCCAGAAAUUUACCAGGAAACUUCAACGAAGCCAAGUACAUCGCUUUCUCCAUGUAUAUCAUCCUUCUGUCAUGGAUUGCAUACUUUCCAGUAGGCUAUGCGCUCCAAGGUUGGUACGUAGCUGUGGUAUCGUGUGCAACGUCUCUGGUCAGUGGAUAUGGUGUUCUAGGAUGUAUUUUCUUCCCCAAGCUUUACGUUAUAUUCAUGCAUCCAGGAAAAAACACAAGGGAUUCCGUCAGGGCUGAGCUUCAUGUCUUUUCAAGAGUUGGUACUUUCAUCAAGUCAGUGAGUGAGAAAGAUUUAUCUUAAUGUGCGACAACCACUCGUGGAUUACUAUAAGCUGAAACUUGCCUAACAAAUCCAAAUGAUGCUUACUCUUGGCCUUCAGGCCAAACCCCGUUUAGCAAGUUCAAGACCAGUUAAACUGGCUUCAAACAAACGUUGAAACGUGUCAGUCAAAAAAAUAACUUGAAACCUGUUUUACUGGCUUUAGAUCUUGCUGGAUAAGACUCAAAACAGGUUUAAAACCUGGUAAAAUAUUACCGAGAUACAUCACAGAGAAGACGUACGCAUGAAAUGGUGCAAAAACCCUUCUAUCAAAGACAGUACGAUCACUUAACUCGAAAAAUUCAAGUCAAAAUGCAAUAAAGUAUAACGCAGAAUCUACAACGAAAAAAGCUGUAGUACUUUGGCUAUGGGAGGGUAUUAGAUAUGGGCAACAAACUUACUUAACAAAAAUAAAAAUUUCAGUUUUCACGUUACUAUCUUGGGGAGAAGCAAUGAGGUGAUGAGUUAUCUAAACAGUCCUCAUGAAGUAAACAUAAAGCAAUUUUUAGUUCUGUCUGUAGUGUAUAUUAGGUUUCCAUGCAAUAAAAAUAAACAUCGGUUUGAUGUG